AUGAAAAACAUAAUAAUAAUAAUUUUGUUUGUUUUCAAUUGUUUUUUAACGGUUACGGAAUGUUAUAGAUUGGGGGUUGGAAGAGCUGACGUCACGGGUCCCAUCGCUGAAGUCACGCUGAUGGGAUAUGGUAAAUUCGAACAAAAAGGUUCAGGUAUACACACGAGACAAUAUUCGAAAGCAUACGUUGUCGACGAUGGUGACAAUCGUUUGGUUUUUGUUAACGUUGAUGUCGGAAUGAUGGCGGAUGGCGUUAGAAUUCAGGUUAUAAAAUCAUUGGAAAACAUGUUCGAUGGCCUUUACAACAUGGAUAACGUCAUAAUAUCAGGUACGCACACUCAUUCAGCCGUUGGUGGUUUUCUCAUGCAUACCUUUUUCGACAUACCAAGCGGUGGAUUUUGCCGGGAAACGUUUGAUGCUCUCGUCAAAGGAAUUGUCAAGAGCGUCGUCAUAGCUCACGACAGCUUACAAGAAGGUAGACUUUAUUUGUCGACGACGACGGUUCUUGGUGUCACCGUGAAUCGUAGUCCUACGUCGUACCUUAAAAAUCCGGAAAAGGAAAGGAAAAUGUACCCGUACGACACCGAUAAGGAAAUGACUCAAUUACGUUUCGUAUCAAACGAUGGACAGUUGCUCGGUGCCAUUAAUUGGUUUCCAAUUCACGGUACGACCCUUAACAACACAAACACAUUAGUCUCAUCGGAUAACAUCGGUUAUGCUGCUCUGACAUUGGAAAAAUUUGUAGAAAAAGAUAGUUUGAUGGGACAGUCAAAAUUUGUCGCGUCGUUUGCUUCGAGUAAUUUAGGAGACGUUUCGCCAAACGUUGACGGACCCAAAUGUCAUCAAAGCGGUACAGAAUGCGAUGCCACGAGUAAAUGUUCGGACAUGUUCGAAGAAUGUUACGCGUUAGGACCUGGAAAAGAUAUGUACGAAAGCGUUGCCAUGAUAGGUCUCAAAUUAGCCGAAGGAGCUUGGGACUUGAUAAAAAAUUCAAAAGGGGUUGAAGUUACCGGAUCGGUACAGGGUAUACAUCAAUACGUGGAUAUGUCAAAAGCAAGAGGAUUGUUUUUUAACAGAGUGACAAAAAGAGUGGAAAACAUACGAGGAUGUCUUCCGGCCAUGGGUUACAGUGCGGGUGCAGGUACGACGGAUGGUCAAUUUUUACCAUUUUUACAUCAGGGAAUGACGAAAUCAAAAUGGUGGAUCGAUGCGAUAGCAAACGUAUUAGCACGUCCGACAAAAGAAGACGUGCAAUGUCAUUUUCCAAAACCCAUACUUUUGGCUUCUGGACACUUAAAUUUCCCAUUCGAAUGGCAACCUAAAAUCGUAUCGACUCAACUUGGAAAAUUGGGGAAUUUGAUAAUAGCAUGCGUGCCUGGAGAAUUCACGACCAUGUCCGGAAGAAGAAUGAAAAAUUUAUUGGGUGAAAUUUUCGGUAAAAAUUCAACCGUCGUCAUUUCCGGUCUUUGCAACACUUACAGCGAUUACAUAGCCACGUUCGAAGAAUAUCAAGAUCAAAGGUACGAGGCUGCUUCCACGUUGUUCGGACCCCACACUUUAAAUUUACAUUUGAUGCAAUAUCAAAAUUUGGCAAACGCAUUACAAACGAAUAAAACGUUAGAAAGAGGACCCGAACCUGCAGGUUUGGAUCCGGAUAAAAUGAUGUCGCUCAUACCUCCGGUAGUGUUCGACAAUCCUAAAAGAGGACACGGUUUCGGUGAUGUUUUGGUACAACCGGAAGACGUUUCGACAAACGUCAUUAACGACACGUCAUCGGAAGUAACCGUCGGUGCAAAUCCAAGAAACAAUCUACGUUUGGACGAUACGUUUUUGACGAUAGAAAAAAGGAAGAAAAAAAAAUUAGAAAACGGAAAUGACGUAGAAAUAUGGGAAAUCGUUGCAACGGAUGCGGAUUACAAUACAAAAAUGCAUUGGAGAAGAACGAAUCCCGUGGAAGGUACGAGCGAAGUAGAUGUAGAAUGGAAAAUAUUUAAAUCCAACGUUAAACCUGGAACGUAUAGAUUUAAAUAUUUUGGAGAUUAUAAAUCUUUAAUCGAUGGUACGUCUUGGUACGAAUCGUUAAUUGAUCUUAAAGUCGAAGGUUUUUAA